AUGGACUCGGAAAGCUCGUUGCGACGUAGUCUACGCAGGAUCAAUCCGUUUCGUAACAAAUUAUUUCGGCUGCCGGCAACUCCACGAUUGGCGAGGAAUCGGAAAGUCGGUAACGGAGAAGAUGUCACUUCGGAAUGGAACUUUGAAAGAGCAUCAUUUCGACGAAAUGAACGACCAAAUGGUUUCACGAAUUCCGCUGCGGCGGCAACCGCGAACCCAAUCCUCGAUGCCACCACAAAAGGUCCACCGAAUCCAGCCGAAGCCGAGCUGAACAUCCAUCAACAUAUGCAGAAUUUGUUCGUGUCAGCGAAUCGUCAAAGUUAUUUAGCACGUCUACCGAGCACAAGUUAUCGUCCCGAUGGACAGAUUAGCGACGCUUACUGGUUUGGCGACAUUCCAUUCGAUCGACGGUCGAAUAAUUCGACAAUUUCAUUGCUGAACACCUCGAAUCGAUUUGCAAGGGAUAGCCGUAAUGGAACAAUGAUGUCAACCGCAUCGAUACGAAAACGAUGUCCCGUGAAUGGAAUUCAAAAAAGUGUCCCAAUAGAUUCCGGAGUAAAACGAGUGGUAGUGGAAUCACGUUUGCAGCCGCUUUUCGAUUUGGAUCAAUUUUGUGCGAAAAGCGAUCUGGAGGAAGCAUUUAUUGGACGAGAAUGGGCUUUUCGAGAAAUCUACGAAUCAGCCGUAGUGGACAAAAUCCCCGUCACAAUCGUUGAGGGAUGCCGGGGAUCCGGGAAAACAAGUAUCAUCAAUCAACUCAUCCUUAAUUCCUCAUUCUAUUCUUCUAAGACAUCAGACACGAUUGAUUCUGGGUGUGUUCCUGAUGACGGGACUAUGUACAAUUCUAGGAAUUAUGAAUGGAUGAGAGCUAUUGCUACACGUCUGGUCGCAUUUCAUAUUUGCAACAUUCAAAGUUCCUCCUCCUGCUCGAUCCCAGAAUUUGUAUGUAACCUGGGUGCAUGGCUGUCAAGGUCACCAAUCCUGAAAAGUUACGCGGAUAUUCUUAACAAGAAUGAAGAAAAGGAGUCGUUAUUGAAAAUAGAGGAAUGUGUUAAACAUGAUGCUUUACACGUAUUCUGUACAUCCAUAGCGCAACCGUUGCUGCAGUUGAGCUGCUCGGAUCAGGGAUGUCUUGUUAUUGCUGUUGAUGGCACAGAUGAAGCGGAAUUUCAUCGAAGUGAGGACGGCCAUUCAAUAGCCACUUUCAUUUGUGACCUCGUCGCACAUCUUCCUCCAUGGGUACGAUUCAUCGUCUCCUGUAAUGCGGACACAUCGCUCAUUUUUGAUGAGAUUAUGACAAGAAGAAUCCGGUUAGACGACAUCGCGUUAGAUGAGCGAGUAGUUCGAGACAGUCGAAUGCUUAUAGACUAUCGUCUUUCUAUGGUGCAGGAGCUUGACAAUCACUUGCUAUCUAACACCCGCCGAUCGAUAAUUGAUCCAUUCGGCGACCUAAUCGAUCGAAUUGUUUUCGCGGCAAAUGGCAAUGUGCUCUAUAUUCGUCUAUUGAUUAGACUGGUCGAGACUGGCCGACUACCUGUCCGAUAUCUAAUGCAGUCAAACCUUCCUGUGGAUGACAUCGACUUGUAUGGAUUGAUCAUGGAGUUGACAUUCACUUCUCCGAGCAUAUUUGCUAAGGUAGUUCCCGUGUUGAACGUGUUUCUCGCUUCUCUUCGGCCUUUGGAUCGAAAAAAUUUGAUGGCUGUGAUGAAUGCGACACAUUCGGAUGUGCCAAUGAUUGAAACACAACUGGAUGAGAUCCUAACAAUUCUCACUCCACUACUAUCCUUCAACGCUAAUGGUUCCAUAACGUUCCAUGAUACGGCUAUUCGAGAUUGGCUGUUAAAGAACGCGAGUCAUCCGAAGUUCUGCUCAGAUGCCAGGCAUGGCCACAUUCUUCUAGCCCUCUACCUCACCGAUCUUGCUCCUCUGAACGCGACGCAAACCUUUGAAUUGAGUCAUCAUUUGCUUAAAGCGCAUCCAUACAAAUAUAUGCACGGCAAGUACAUCGCAGAGUUCACCUCCUCUAAAGACGGCCAAAUUCACUGGAUAAAACGAUGUUCGGCUGAUGUGAAAAGAUCGCUACUGAAUCAGAGAAACAUGUUUUAUCCGAACACAAAGGUGACUCAACUACUGUUCAUGGCCGGUGCUGACGUUAAUGCGGUGGAUCCUUCUACUGGUCUCACUGCAAUGCAAAAAGCUAUUGCCGCUGGAAAUGCUCAUCUUGUCUCGCUUUUCCUGAAUCAUGACCAGGCAAUACAGAAGAAUCUAGAAGAAGUGAGAAAGCCGUCUCCAUUGUUUUCUCUUCUAUUGUCAUCUUUCAAGCGAAAUCCAUGGAAAAGAAGCCUCCGUGCAAAAAAAAUAGUUCGCAGAGUUCCCAAGCUUUCUAAUUUGGUUACAGUAAAUUUUGAAAGAACUUAUUCCGAAGAAGAUUUAUGGGAAAGAAACCCAUCCGUUCUGACAAUCGCGGCAAAACAUGGACAUAUGGAAUUAUUGCCGCUCCUGUUACCCUUGGAUGCUAUGAGAACGGCUGAUAAGGCUUUGAUAGAAAGCGCCAGAAAUGGUCACGUGAAGGUGAUUCGUUAUCUGCUCGCUCAGAAAUGGCUGGACGAAGAGCAACGAAAAUCUGCCAUUGAGAACGCCAUGGUCGCUGCAGCAGGUGCAGGUCAAACGGAAGUCUGUGAACAACUGGUGGAUGCGUAUGAUUGUCACGAUUUCGCUAAAGCUAUGUGUGCAGCAUGCGAACACGGACGUGCCGAUACGGUCCAAUUUUUCUUAUCACGCGGAGCGUCACUCUCCACCAUGCAAUGGCCUCCAGAACGUCCUGCACUCAUUUGUGCUGUAGAGAGUGGAAGUUGGGAUUUGGUGGUGGCUGUGUUAGCAUUACCAAAUUGCGAUAUCGAAUGCACAGAUGCUUUCGGGAGAACGCCAGUAAUUGCUGCAGCACGAUGUGCACAUGUCGGACUCAUCGAUAUGUUAGUUAACAAAGGCGCCAACAUAAAUCAACGAGACGAAAACGGUUGGACGGCUCUGACGCACGCUGUACACAAGAAUCAUUCACCAUCAGUGCAGUUAUUAUUGGACAGAAACGCAGAAAUCACCGGUAAAGACAAAACUGGGAAAUCUCUGGCGCAUAUAGCAUGUGCGGUAGCGUCUCGAUCGAUAGUCGAUCGAUUACUCGAAGCAGGCAUGUUGAUCGAGGAAGCCGACAACGAUGGAGUAUAUCCAGUACAAAUAGCGAUACAAAAUCGAAAUAAGCCUGCUUUGGAAGCAUUGUUAGGAAGAGGUGCUCGUCUACGAUCAUCAACGUGGCAGACAGCGAUCGAUGCCUAUCCAGAAGCACUUUUUGUGCUCUUUUCAAAAUUGCUUGAUGAUGCAGGAAUUCUUUUUAGAAAGAAGAGAUUCGAGGAUGCAAUGCAUCGUCUUCAUUAUGCUCUCAACAAAUGUGAGAUGUGUUCAAAGAACGAGAAGCUAAACGACAUGCAAUGUGGUCUUACAAAAGUACAUCAACAAAUCAUUAUCUCUAUGGCACGAGUUCUACGUAGACAAGGUAGAACUCAACAAGCCAUUGAUAUUUGCUCGACCAUAGACCCUACAGCUUGUGAGCAAGUUCGGUUCGAGUGUCUUCUGCUACGAGCAAAAUGUCAUUUCGAUCUACACGACAUAGAGAGGGCGAAGGCGAACGUACGUGCUGCAAUUCAAUUACGACCAGAACACGAUGAAGCACGACAUCUCCUCAAUACCCUUGUACUGCCGUGUACAAAUAUUGCAAGAUUGUAA